UCGGAGUUUCCGGGGAAGAGGACGGGAAAGGAUCUGUGCGCGGAGGUUCCUACCGUCGCGGAGCAGGCAAUGGCGGUGGUGGUCUGGGGACUGCGGUUGUGGCGGGCCGCCCCCAGCGGCGGGGCUGCCUGGAGGUCUGUGGCCACAUCACCUGCUUCUCAGCUGUCACCGACCGAACUGAUAGAAAUGCAGAAUGAUCUCUUUAACAAAGAGAAAAACAGGCAGCUGUCACUCACUCCCCGAACUGAGAAGAUCGAAGUGAAACACGUUGGGAAAACUGACCCUGGCACUAUCUUUGUGUUGAAUAAAAACGUUUCCACUCCUUAUAGCUGUGCCAUGCAUUUAAGUGAGUGGUACUGCAGGAAGUCAAUUCUGGCUCUUGUGGACGGACAGCCUUGGGACAUGUAUAAACCUUUGACCAAGUCCUGUGAAAUUAAAUUUCUUACUUUCAAAGAUGAUGAUCCAGGAGAAGUCAAUAAGGCUUAUUGGCGUUCUUGUGCCAUGAUAAUGGGCUGUGUGAUAGAGAGGGCAUUCAAAGAUGAAUAUGUGGUCCGUUUGGUCAGAGCCCCAGAAGUUCCAGUGAUCGCUGGAGCCUUCUGCUAUGAUGUCGUUUUGGAUAAGAGACUUGAUGAGUGGAUGCCAACAAAAGAGAACCUGCGUUCUUUCACAAAAGAUGCUCGUGCUUUAAUUUAUAAAGAUCUUCCAUUUGAAACCCUGGAAGUUGAAGCAAAAGUGGCAUUAGAAAUAUUUCAGCACAAUAAGUACAAAGUAGAUUUCAUAGAAGAGAAGGCAUCUCAGAACCCUGAGAGAAUAGUCAAGCUACACAGAUUUGGUGACUUCAUUGAUGUGAGCGAGGGCCCUCUUAUUCCAAGAACAAGUAUUUGUUUCCAGUAUGAAGUGUCAGCGGUUCACAAUCUGCAAGCCACCCAGUCGAGUCUUGUACGAAGAUUCCAGGGUCUCUCUCUACCUGUGCACUUGAGAGCACAUUUUACAAUAUGGAAUAAAUUAUUGGAAAGGUCUCGGAAAAUGGUAACUGAAGAUCAAACUAAGCCUACAGAGAAGAGUGCAUCUACCUAGUUACUUCCUCAAAUUUAAAUAUGAGAUACGAUACAGGCCGUGGAGGUGUUGUCUACAAGUGAAUUCAUCAUAAGAUGGCCCCCUCUUCUAUUUAGAGAUUCCUCAAGGGAAAGCACUCCCAGUGGCUUUGGUUUUGAUCUACGUAAGGGAAGUAUGACUUACAGACUGCUGGGUUUCAGACUGCUUGCCUUCAGCAGAGUGGAUUAAAAAAAGAAAAAGAUGAAUUUGCUACUUCCUGUCAGGGUCUGAUUUUACUCUCUCAGAUACAGUGACAUUUCUCCCACAAGCUUCUGGUUUCGGUGUUACUACAGCAGAACCUAGAAGUUAGAGUAUCAUUCAAGUGUGUGGUUGCCUUCAGCACAAGAGGGGAAUCACCUUCUCUUUUAUUUAAUCAUGAAACCAGCUAGAUGUGAAAUUGUGAUUAAGUUCAAAAGAAGUGUAUAAAGUUAAAAAUUCCCCAAUGAAUAUAUUUUGACAGGGCAGAAUAUCGUGGUUUGGAAAUUUCCAGACCAAGGAAAUUUGUCAUUCUUACUGAUAGUUCUUUUUUCUCUUGAACUUUGCUGUUUUCUGAGAUGAAUUAAUGAUGAAGAACUUUGAAUUCAGUGAUGUCAGUUCAGGAUUUUAGCUUUUUCUUUUUUUUUUUUUUUACAGAUUUUCAGUCAAUAAAGGUUGUAAAGAUAAGGACUUUCCCCCCCCCUUCACAGGGCACUGGACUCGGUAAAUGCUCAAUAAAUGUACAUAACAUCCCAACAUUACUUCCUGCAGCCAAUACAAUUGUACAAUUCAACCUUCUUUUAAAGAACUGUGGCUAAUUCGUUUUUAAAGUAAACUGCUUGCAUACUGUUCUUCCUAUAAAUUUUACUCCUGGUGUUUAAAAUGACGUCUGAGCAAAGGUAUGAAAUGAAAUAUAUUUAGUAUAAUAAUCAGAGUCUUUUUCUUUUUCAUCUUGUGUCACAAUUGCCUGAUGUGAGUGUUCAGAAAAGUGGCAGUGGUUUUCACAAUACUAUAUUAAAAAUUCGAAUAGCAUUUUUUUUCUUUUCCCACACAGCAGAGCAUAUGGUACCUUAGUUCUCUGACCAGGGAUCCAACCCAUAGACCCUGCAGUGGGAAGGAAGUGUGGAGUCUUAACCACUGGAGUGCCAGGGAAGUCCUCUAACGACUUUUAUUUUUUUUUAUUGGUUCAAGCACUAAAGGUAUGCUGAAAUAAAAGUGUCACACGGGUCUCCCUUUGUUCUCAGCACUCAGACGGAAACUGUGGUACUGUGUCAUCUAGACAGACCCUCAGGCAUGAUGAAUUCCUAACACUGCAGUUUGUCCAAAUAUACUGUGCCGUGUCGCUUCAGUGGUGUCCGACUCUUUGUGACCCCGUGGACUGUAGCCCCUCAGCCUCCCCUGUCCAUGGGGAUUCUCCAGGCAGGAAUACUGGAGUGGGUUGCCCUGCCUUCCUCCAGGCGAUCUUCCCAACCCAGGGAUCGAACCCAAGUCCCCUGCAUUGUAGACCAAUUCUUUAUUGUCUGAGCCACCAGGGAAGCCCUCAAAUAUGCUACACAAUUUUAAAUAUCACUUAAAACAUGAGAGAUGAAAAGCAUUCCUCCCAAUAAACCAAAUACAGAAGAAAUUAUCCCAGGAUAGUAUUGUUAAAAGUAUAGUCAGCAGACUUUGAGACAUUAGAGUGACCAGCAGGUCACUCACCCAGCAGUGUUCAAACUGCUCACUUUCACUGUUUUCGCCUGGGCUUGCAAGGAGAACCCAAGCCAACGACAGAACUGUUAUGCGUCUGAGUGGAAACUAGUGAUCACAGACAACAAAGCCUAGUCAGUUAGCCAAGGCAUUGGGCACAGGAUGAUGUCAGGAGGUAUUAAAAAACAAAGUGGUGUUAUUCUGGAAUUAGAAUAGCCACCCAGCUGGUAGAGUGGCAGAGGAAGAAUUACAGACCCAGCAAUCAAUAGCUACAGAGUCUAACCAUUUGAUAAGGCAGUAACCAGCGUGAUGUUCAGUAUAGAUCAACACUGAGAAAUUUAUAUGGAUUACACAAUAUGAGUUAGAGUGAAGGUCUUGACUGGGGUUCUUCUAAAGAUCUACUUCAAACCCCUCACUCCACAAUACUUUCAGGCCUACAGUAUGAAAUGUCCAUUAUGAGUAUAAACUUGACUAUAGCACAGUUCUUUUCAGGAGCUGAAGAUGCCUGCGUGCUAAGUUGCUUCAGCCAUGUCCGACUCUUUGCAACAGACACCAUGAACUGUAGCCCGCCAGGCUCCUCUAUCCAUGGGUUUCUCCAGGGAAGAAUACUGGAGUGGGUUGCCAUUUCCUCCUCCAGGGGAUCUUCCCAACCCAGGAAUUGGGUCUCUUAUUAUCUCCUGUAUUGGCAGGCGGGUUCUUUACCACUGGCAAAAAUAGGUUCCAAGUUAAAUAUAGUACCUGACAGUAUUUAUUACUCAGUAAUUGAAUGUCAAAACCACUCCUUCUUAUCUUGAAUUAAAAUCUACCAAAAUGCAGCACUAUCUGCAUUAGAUAAGUAACUACAAGAGACAUCCUUCAUUAUAUGACAGACCUGUUCUUCCUCUGGUAGUUAGAUCUAACCUGAAGACAGCACUCUGGGGAAAAUUCCCUUGUUAUGCUUUACUGAAGGAUGAUUUUUUUUUUUUUUUAGGGGAGCAUAUGAUUGCAACAUAUCCUUUUAUUCUCACCUUACUGAUUUGCCAGGAAUGACAUUAGCUGUAUAUUCAGAGUAGAAUAUGUUUCAGACUUGUCACUAAGGAUCUCUUCACACAUGAAUUGUAAGUUAGAUCCUUCCACAAUUUUAUAUAUCUCUGAAUUUUCUUAUUUUGCUGCUUAUUUUCAGCACCAACCACUUAAUAUUUGCAUACCAAAACAACUGCAUGCUAUAAAGUUUUCUUUAAAAAGAAGUGUCACAGUGAUUGACUCUCAUAACCAAGCCAGCAGGGACAUCUCUCAUUUUACUCAGCAUGAAAGGUACAAAUAUUUUGAAACUAUUAAUUUGCUGUUACAAAGUAAAUAUACACUUAUUUCUACUGAAAGGCAUGAUCCUAUAUUGAUGUAGUCAUACAAAUCCUAGCUCCAAGACCAUUUUAAUAGGUGAAAAAUAAUGAAAUUACACUUUUGAAAAUUAAAAUGAUUAAGUUUAGAUAACUUCAUUUCCCCAUUUUUAUUUAAUUUUCUUAUAUACCAGUAAAAAACAUAACCAUUAAAAUGAAAUUCAACAUUGAUUCUUAUUUGGAUCUACUCACUGAAAGCGACAGAUAUAAGUGCACAAGAAAGCAUAUAUUUUCUUUCCCACCAGAACUUACCCUAUGUUUUGAAGUCGCUGUUUUGAUUUAGGUCAUAAAACUAAGCGGUGAAGUACGUAAAAAAUCAAGAUCCUGAGAAAGUCUGUACUUGUCACUGUUCAUCUUUGGAAGAAUAAUUUCUUGAUUAACUUUUGACUUAGGGUGCUUGCACACGUGAUGCUCCAAGGACCUGCCCCUCUAAAAAUUCCACAUCAUAGUGUUUCCCUUCCCUUUUACUUAGUCUGAACUUCUUACCAUGAGAACCACUGCCUUUGGUUGGAGAACCAAGAUGGCAGGUAAGGUUUCAGUUAAAAAGUCCUUGAAAUGCAAGUCAGUUAUUUGGAGAAGGAGGAGAAAGGUGGUGUUGAAGCCCCUGCAUGGACACCUCAACACAGACUUGCUUAUUAGGUUAGUCAGCUAGUCGUCUCUGCAAGCAGAGAUCAAGGACAGAGGGAGGGCCAGGGUGGGCAAGUUUCAAUGGGGAUAAAGAGUGAUUUAGAGCAAAGACAUACCCUCAAUUAUCUGAGAGCUCCUCCUUUUCAAGUCCAGCCUAAAAGAGCCACAGAUUCAGUAUUGAAAACAGUAUAUCACCUGAGAUUUAGUUCAGACCUCUGUGUUUCAACCUCUGUGUAUUAUAAAACUGCAAAAAAGUGUUCGAUUUCUCAAUAAUUCUUCAUAAAAACCUUCAAUAUUUGGUGACAAAAGGAAAUAUUCAAGUGACUGGCUUUUUAAAGUGUGUGUCUUUGUGUGAAGUUUUUUUUUUUUUUUUUUUUUUAAAUCACUUUCUGUAGAAAAUGAGUAUUCCAUGUUACAUUUCAGUAGCUGAUUUUAGAGUUAAGUCAACUUCUUUGGUGUCAAAAAAUGCGGCAAAGAGGAUUAUGUUCCCCUUGAGUUCACAUGCAUUCCAUCAUUAAAGAGGGAUUGAUGCCCAAGGAGUAUGUUGCUUUCUCUGUUUAAAAAGAGUUACAAAAGAAAAUCUUAAAGUUAAGAGGAAUUGAUGAUGUGACCUGCUACCAAAUGAGAUGGUAUCUAACUAGGGACAUGUCUAAUAAAGCAAACAAAUGCAUCUUCUAAAAGUAAAAUGGAUUGUUCUGCAGAAAUAACCCAUAUCCUGACCUCUUGGUGAAUAAUAAAUUUACUUUUCGUAUCAUUAAGUUUACAUUUAAGGAAAAUUCCCUGUAUAAGCCAUUGCUGGGAAACAGUUAUUAACUGUGUCAUGAUAUUUUCUUUCAUUUACUUCCAUAAAAAUCUAACAUCACUUUUCUUGAGUUCUAAUUAAGAAUUCUUUAAUGAAAAUACCUGCUUUUUCUAAAUUAAGAGCUCUUGACUAUAAAGAUUGGUUUGCACAUGAAACAGCUUUACUAGAACAUACCUAUGUGUCUUUGGAAAUUCAGAAAAUGAGUGUUUUUAAAGAUACAUGCCAAUAAUGAUUUUAACACAUAAAAGUAAGUAUUUCAUACUUUCGAACUGUCUCAGGAGAAAGCCAAGGUGUGCACAGGGUCACCAUGGAAACAUUAUACUGAGGGUCCAUUUAAUUGUGUGUGUGCACACGAGAAAGAAUACUAGCUUUAGAGUAUUACUCUGCUUUUCCCAACUUUAGAACCAGGAAGUUUUCACUGAAACUCCUUUGGAACUUACUUACAGGCUAAGUAACCUUUCCAGUAGUUCUAUCAUGGACAGUGAUUAAUACCUUCAGAUAAGAUGGUGGGGGAGGAAAAAAAAUAAGGCUAGAUAUAUUUGCCCCCAGAGUCAUUCUGUGGAGGAAGCAGGAGGAGUAGGUUGAGUGUUCAGAGAGGGGGCUUCCUCCAUGCCCUGACCUCACACUGGCUCAGCUUCAGGGCUGAAACUUCCGGCAAAUGUUACCACACCAACACGGAUAAAGACUAGGGGUGAGAAGGAGAGAACUCAGUGAGGAUAUGUUCUACUGCUGAAAAUCAUAGCCCUGAAUCCUUCCUUCCUAUGGACACAUGAGGUUUUUUUUCCACAUAUCUAACAACUUCAACUUUAAAGGAUCCUAUGUCCAGAAGAGACUCUGAAUCAUAAUUUUCUCUUUUUCACUUAUAGCUAAUUUUCAACACCUUUACUUCACCCUUCCCUCCACCUCCCCCAGCUCAGGGAAAAGAAAAGAGGUGGCGGUUACCAGCACUGGCUGUUUGCCAUCCUUUCGGGGUCACCUUUUCCAGAGGCCUCCUCUGUGCAUUGCUUGCAGGGCUUAUUGGCAACACUCGAUUUCAACAAAACGCCUCCUUUAACACUUCCAAUGGGUAACUUGUUUGUUAGUUGUACGUACAGGGUCCCCUAUGAUAGGAAAAAUCAGCUUUUCUAUUUCUACGAGCCACAGUUCAUACACUUCUGUCUCUAUACACCAUCAAGGCAAGGAAAAUUUUGUGUACUGAGAAGCUACAGUUUGUCUCAGUUGGUGAGACAAACUGAGCAAGUUCUGGGAACUGUUCAGUUUUGCCUGUUUAAAAAUUUAUUUUUCUUAAGAUGCGACAAGUAUAGGAUACCCUGGGUUACAAGGCAAACACCAUACCAGUUACUUCUACACUCAUAGCAUUUUACUCAGAGCCUUAACACACCAAGUCAUCGCCAGACACACCCUCAUACACACUCUCAGGCUCCAGACAGUCCUUUUCCAAUUGCUCAGGGCGAGAUCUGUCCACCUCGCCUUCGUUCUCUGGCAGAGUGGAAACUCCUGGAGGCUGGGUUCUCUGUGUCUUCUGCGUGACCCUCCCUGCUGUCUACCCCAAGGCUGAGAGUCCUCUCUGGUGCUCAGAGAGAGCACUCAUCACACUGCACCGUGGUGACUAUUUCAUUCCCUAGUGCUGGGUGUGCCUGAGGGCAGGGACUGGCUCUUACUGUGGGGCCUGAUAGGUUGCUUGUGCUCAGUAACUGCUUUAAAGGCUCAAUCUGAAUCCUCCAAAGGCAUUUCGGCCUGCCCAUCUGGCUUGGAUGUGACAUGGGAGCGUUUCAGUAAGAUCUAACUAAUAAGCAGGUUCUUGGAGAGUUAGGGUAGUAGAAGCUUAUAAAUGUGAAAACAGAUCAGUGAGGUUUGUUGGUUUUCCAGAUGAGUAAGGACCACAGCUCCAAUAAUUUGGAUACCUGUGCGAAGAGCUGACUCACUGGAAAAGACCCUGAUGCUGCAAAAGAUUGAAGGCAGGAGAAGGGGACAUCAGAGGACGAGAGGGUUGGAUGGCAUCACCAACUCAACGGACAUGAGUUUGAGCAAGCCCUGGGAGAUGGUGAAGACAGAGAAGCCUGGUGUGCUGCAGUCCAUAGCGUUGCAAAGAGUCGGACACGACUGAGUGAACAACAAAGGACCAUUUACACUGAGAAGAUCCUAGGCUUGGAGCUCAGUCUACAAAGUAUAAUCAUUAAUGGAUAAAGCUGGAGAAUUCUACCAGAUACGAUCAUCUGAAGUUGGAGAUUAAAAUUAGGUUCUAUGCCUGUUUUUUUUGAACCACACUUGAAUGCCAUUAUCUUGUUUUAUUUUCCUCAUUCUUAGGCGAUAACAUGCCAAAACAUUUAGAGGUGAGAUGCUAGGUCUGCUUAUAGUUACGGACAUAGAGAGAGAGGCGGAGAGGGACAGAGAGAAACGGAGCAGACGCAGCAGAUGCUAACCAUGACUGAAUCUAAGUGAAAGGUCUGCUGUUGUCAACCUGCCUGGGUUCCAUCCCUAACCCCAGCAAUGUGACUAGUUGUGUGGUACCUGGCAGUUGAAUUGAGCUCUUUAAGUUUUAGCUGCUGUGUAGAUGAA